AUGUCUGAUGUAUGGAGCUGCCCUUCAACAGCCACUUCUUUGCUUGAAUGCAGACAAUAUAGCUAUCAAAUUAUAUCAUUUAAUGACCAUUAUUAUGACCUAGGUGUCAGAUGUCAAUCUCCAUGUACCAAUGGUGACAUCAGACUGAUUGGUAGCUCUACUAAUCCUCUCAUUGGUCGAGUAGAGUUGUGUUUUAAUGAGACAUGGGGCACUAUAUGUGAUAACAACUGGGAUAAUAAUGAUGCUACUGUUGUUUGCAGACAAUUAGGAUUUUCAGAUCAAGGAGCUAUUGCUGGUCAAAAUGACUACACUGAAGGAUAUAAGUCUUUUCAUAUUACUGAUCUCAGUUGUCAAGGAACUGAGGAAAGUGUGUUCAAUUGUUCUUAUAGCAAUGUUCAGUCCAUGAACUGUAAUCAAUAUGAUGAUGCCUAUGUAACUUGUACAGCUCCUAGCACAGAAAGAAACUGUAACACAACUGGUGAUAUCAGAUUAAUUGGUGGUCAGUCACAGUAUGAAGGUCGUGUUGAACUGUGUUACGGUAACUCAUGGAGGGCAAUAUGUCCCUCCAGUUGGGGCACUAGUGAUGCAAGAGUUGCUUGUAGACAACUAAACUACACUGCAAAUGGUGCUGUAGCUUUUAAUUCAUUUGGCAUUGGAUUAGGACAAUUUCACAAUGCACGGUUUUACUGUUCAGGCUCAGAAACAAAUUUACUCAGUUGUUCAUAUUACACUUAUAAUUGCAACCAUUAUUCUUAUGGUGCUGGUGUUCUAUGUGAAGGUCCUUGUACAAAUGGUGAUGUGCAAUUAAAGGGUGACAGUAGAUACACUGAUUUUGGUCGUGUUGAGAUUUGCUUUAACAAUACUUGGGGCACAAUAUGUGAUGAUCAUUGGGACAGUAAUGAUGCUACUGUGCUCUGUAAACAACUAGGAUUCUCUCCUUUUGGUGCUAUAUCAAAGACAGGCUAUUAUACUGAAAAUUAUUUAUCUCACCAUAUUUACAGUAUUAACUGUACUGGAAAUGAAUCUAGCCUGUUGGACUGUGCAUACAGCAUAGAACUUGGAUCUGGUUCAAAUUGUUACAGCCAUGAAGAUGCUGCUGUAAUAUGCCACAACUUGAAUGCUCAGUACUCAAACUGUACUGACUUUGAUGUUCAGUUAGUUGGUGGAGAUAGUCCUAAUGAAGGAAAGGUUCAGAUAUGGUAUCAAUGGAUUAAUACACUAUACAAGGGGCAAGUAGCAGAGAAUGAUGUACUUAUGGUAACUGAUCUUGGUUGUUCCAGCACCGAUACAUUAAUUACUCAGUGUUCCUUUUCUCACUUCACAAGGGCUUCAAGAUGUGAUGGAAGAACUGUGGCUGCCAUUAGGUGUCAUAAUUGUACUGAUGGAGAAAUUAAAAUCAUCCCAUAUAGCAGCUAUUCAAAGCUAAUUGGUAGAUUGGAAGUUUGUGUUAAUGGUGUAUGGGGAGUAAUAUGUAGAGAUUUUUUUGAUGACAAUGAUGCUGCUGUUGCCUGUACACAACUGGGAUACUCAUCAAUAGGUUCAAUAGCAAUAAAAAAUAGCUAUUAUUCUGGAGCAAUUAAUAUUGAUAUUAUUGAUUUGAACUGCACUGGUGGUGAAAAUAACAUCUCAAACUGUCCCAGGAAUGCUCUAAUAGGACAGCAUACUUGCACUUCAAACUAUUAUUAUGCUGGAGUUGCUUGUUAUACAUCAUCAGUCAAUUACACCAACUGCACAACUGGUCAAAUUAGAUUAUCUGGUAACAUAGAAGGUCGUGUUGAAUUAUGUUAUAGCAAUGUGUGGUAUGGUGUAUGUGGAGAUAGUUAUUACAGUAUGGGCUCAGUUGUCUGUGAUAGCAUAGGAUAUGAACGAGACACAGAAUAUAGAAGCAAUUUUGUGGAUCUUCAAGAUAUUCCAUUAUAUCCUUAUGAGUUCAGUUGUAGUAGCAAUGAUAAUUCACUCUUUGAAUGUUCAAAAUAUGUUGCUAGUUGCUAUAGUUCCUCUUGGUACUACUAUGGUGAUUAUGCUGGUGUGACUUGCCGUGAUGUCUGUCAAAAUGGAACAAUACGUCUAAGUGGUUCUGGUUAUCCUAAUAUAGGUAUGGUAGAACUUUGCAUCAGUAGUGAAUGGGGAACUAUAUGCAGAGACAGCUUUGAUACCUAUGAUGCCAGUGUUGUGUGUAAGCAAUUGGGCUAUUCUCCCUAUGGAUCUGUUUUACUUCAUUACUAUUCUCCUAGUGCUCCAGAGUUUAUUUAUGAUUUGAAUUGCACUGGUAGUGAGGAAAGAGUAUUAAGCUGUCCAUUCAUUGUCACAGGUUCAUAUUCAUGUAGUAACUACUUUGAUGCAGCUGUAAUUUGUCAAGUUAACACAACAGGCAAUAUUGAUUUAACAUGUUCUGAUGGUGAUGUACGUUUGAUUGGUGGCAUCAAUGAUGCCGAAGGACGAAUUGAAAUGUGUUACAAUAAUUUCUGGGGACAAGUCUGUGAUAGCUCAUGGGAUACAACUGAUGCUAAUGUACUCUGUAGACAGCUAGGAUACCAAGCUACAGGUGCAACUGCAUUUCGCUCUAGUUAUUUUGGAAAUGGACCAAAUCCUCAUCUUAUUUCCAAUGUAUAUUGUCGUGGAUAUGAGUCUUCUCUUCUAAGCUGUAGCUAUAGCUUUGAUCAAGCUGCUCGGUAUUGUGGUGAUGGUGCAGUAGCUGGAGCUGCUUGUUUGGAAAUAAAAAAUUGUGAGAAUGGGGCAGUGAGGCUAGUUAAUACUCAUACUGAUGCUACUAAUGUUGGUAGAGUAGAAUUGUGUGUAGAGAAUACAUGGACUACACUAUGUGAUGAAAGCUGGGACUAUAAAGAUGCACAAGUUAUCUGUAGACAGCUUGGAUUUUCAGUAUAUGGUGCAUUACCUGAAUAUGACUGUUAUACUGAAAGCCAUCUCUCAUUUGGAAUCACUGAACUCAAUUGUACUGGUGAUGAAGAUUUUUUGCUCAAUUGUUCUUACAGCAAUGCAGCACUACACAACUGCCAGUCUCAUAGUGAUGCCAGUGUUGUAUGUCAAAGAACUGCUUAUCAAGCCAAUUGCACUAAUGGUCAAGUUAGACUGGUUGAUGGUAUUACAGAAGAUGAUGGUAGAGUUGAGAUAUGUAUCAGUCAGGCUUGGGGAAGUAUUUGUUCAUCUAGCUGGAGUAUUCAAGAUGUUCUUGUUGUGUGCAGACAAUUAGGGUAA